UAAUAACAAUGGUCGACAGUUUCAGCGAUCGAGCGGCGAUUGUGCCUAGCGCGAGCGAGCAGCUAGCCUGCGAUGCAUCUGUCGUACUGGUGAUGACUGUUGUUUGGGCCGCUGUUGACGAAGCUGGCCCAGCUGAGCCUGAGGUCUUUUGAGGAAGAUCAAUUUAUAGUCUAAAACUAGGGGAAGAAAAUGGCGGUCCCAAAUCACAAUCCUCCUCAAGGGAUGGAGGGAUAUGAUUUUGGUGCUCUCAGUCCAGAACAGCAGGAGAAGUUAAAUAAUUUCAAGAUGCAGACACGUGUUGCUAAUGAAAAAUACCUCAGAGACCAUCCAGAAGUCGACAUUCUUUUAGCAGGAUUCUUAAGAGAUGUGUUAAGUAGGAGACCAGAAAACAUCCAAGACUUUGCUGCAGAUUGGUUUACAAAGCCUCAACUUGCAGAAAACAUUGACAAUCAACUAGAACAGAGAGACGCAUCUCUUCGUGAUCAACGAUUUCAGAGAAAGUUGUAAUUCCAUUCUGGCAUUUAUUUUCAGUUUCUCUCAAUAGUCCCACGUAUUUACUUUGAAUUUUAUCAUUCAAUUGAUUUCAUUCACAGCACGGUAUUCAUAUUUCUACUUAGAAUUUUACACUAAUUCAAGUUAUAAAUAUUUCCAAAUUUUUUGUGAGUAGUUAAUUGUUUCUUGGCAUUAAGCCUUCUAUUGACAUUGCAUAGGCCAUAGGGAUUGAAAUGUUAGAAAAUUCUAAAUACUCGCUGCAACAAAUGCAGUUUCAAAAGUCCUAUUAAAAGAACAAAUUGUAUGAUUGAAAUCACAGAGAGAGACUGAGCAGAUAGUGAUUGAUCAGGAAGAAUUUGACAGUCUUCAAUUAUGAUUUAGCAGGACUUCUGUGAAGGCAAAUGUUCAGGGAAAAUCUGUAAUAGUUGGAGAAAAGGUUUUUUUUAAUAUCGUGUAAUCAUUCCAUCGUCUUUAGUUGUGUCAUGUUGGAUCAUUUUUUAUUGAGAUUAAUGUACUAGUUUGCCAGAUGGUUGUUUGUGUAUCUCUAUCUUGUCUAUUAAAUUUUUGUCUUGCCUGCAUAGCAGAGCGAGACGAUAGGCACCGCUGAAUCUUAACCAAAGUUAAGUUUUUGAAAUUUCAUCAUAACUUUAAAAGUUUAUGGAUCUAGUUCAUGAAACUUUGACAUGAGGUUAUUCAAGUAUUACUUACCAUCCUACCUGAAUUUCAGGUCACAUGAUUAAGGUCAAAGGUAAUUUGGGGUCAAUUAACUGAGUUCGUGUUAGGGGAAGUCAACAUCAAAGUCUUAACAAGGUUAGGUUUUUUGUCUCACCUGCAUAGCAGAGUGAGAC